AUGGACAGCACUUUUGACAACCUGGAUGCCGCUGGCUUUCUUCAGAUCUGGCAGCACUUCGACAUCGACGAUAAUGGUUAUAUUGAAAAGAAACAGCUGGAUGAUUUUUUACGACAUAUGAUAAAGAAACUGGGUGUAGACGAUAAGAUGGCAGGGGAGAAGGUACAGCGAUUGAAAGAGAGGUUCAUGUCAGCCUAUGACAGCACAGCGGAUGGACGCCUGCAGAUUCAGGAGCUGGCAAACAUGGUGCUUCCAGAGGAUGAGAACUUCCUGCUGCUGUUCCGAAGGGAGACGCCGUUGAAUAACAGCGUGGGGUUCAUGAGGAUCUGGAGGAAUUAUGAUGCAGACAGCAGUGGGUACAUAUCAGCCGUGGAGCUCAAGAGCUUUCUUCAAGACCUGUUUCUUCAGCACAAGAAGGUCAUCUCUCCCAGCAAACUGGAGGAAUAUACAGACACCAUGAUGAAAAUGUUUGACAAAAAUAGAGAUGGUCGGCUGGAUCUGAACGACUUAGCCAGAAUCUUAGCCCUUAAAGAAAACUUCCUACUGAAGUUUGAGAUGGAUGCCUGCAGCCAAGAGGACAGAAGGCGGGACUUUGAAAAGAUAUUUGCUCACUACGAUGUUAGCAAGACAGGAGCCUUAGAGGGACCAGAGGUAGAUGGCUUUGUUAAAGACAUGAUGGAACUGGUCAAGCCCAGCAUCAGUGGCACUGACCUGGAUAAGUUCCGCCGGGUCCUGCUGGGCCACUGUGACGUCAACAGAGACGGGAAGAUCCAGAAGAAUGAGCUGGCGCUGUGUCUGGGGCUAAAGCUAAAUUCAUAA